AGAGGAAGAAAGAAAGAAAGAGAGAAAGAAAGAAGGAGAGCAAGCCAUUGCCCCAGUGCCUUCCUUGCAGGAGUCAGCCUUUCCAAAGAGGGGCCUCUGGGACCAGAGUUUGAGGCUGGAUACAUGUGCCUCUUUCUUUCCUUUCAGUUUUCUUGAACAGAGCCAAGCAAUGAGAAGAAGGACCUCUUUCUCCAGAAGCCCCUCCAGGUCUCCUUGGUGGGCAACCCAGCCCUAAAGGGGGCCUUUGUCUCUCUCUCUCUUUCUUGGAGGAGGGCAGUCCUGCUGCCUUCAGGAAUCAACCAUUGGAAAACAUGACCACGUGCUACUACAAUGAGUCGGUCGAGUUCUUCUACAACAACAGUGGCAAAGAGCUGUUCCACAUAUGGAGACCUAAGGACAUUUUGGUGGUAGCACUUGGUUUGACAGUCAGCAUCAUUGUACUCCUCACUAAUUUGCUGGUCAUUACGGCCAUUGUCAUCAACAAGCGCUUCCACUAUCCCAUUUACUACCUGUUGGGGAACCUGGCAGCAGCCGACCUCUUUGCUGGCAUUGCUUACAUGUUCUUGAUGUUCCACACAGGGCCCAGAACAGCUCAGCUCUCUCUCAAGACCUGGUUUAUCAGGCAGAGCCUUUUGGACACCAGCUUGACGGCCUCUGUGGUCAAUCUCCUGGCCAUUGCAGUGGAGCGACACCAGACAGUUUUCACCAUGCAGCUCCACAGCAAGAUGUCCAACCAGCGAGUGAUGAUCCUCAUCUGCUGUAUCUGGAUUACAGCCCUGCUGCUGGGUCUCAUUCCCUCGUAUGGCUGGCACUGUCUGUGCAAGCUGAGCGAUUGCUCCAGGAUGGCACCCCUCUACAGUCGCAGAUAUUUGACCUUCUGGGCCCUCUCCAAUCUUUUCAUCUUUCUUAUCAUGGUGGUUGUCUACACUCACAUCUUCAUCUACGUGAAGAGGAAGAUGGCCCGGAUGUCCAAGCACACCACCUUUCAUCCCCGCUAUAAGGAUACCAUGAUCAACCUCAUCAAGACAGUCAUUAUCAUCCUCAGUGCCUUUGUCAUCUGCUGGACCCCUGGACAAGUGGUACUCCUGUUGGAUGGCCUUGAUUGCAAAAGCUGCAAUGUGCUGGCAGUGGAGAAGUACUUCCUGCUGCUGGCAGAAAUAAAUUCGCUUAUUAAUGCCAUAGUCUACUCCUACCGGGACAAUGAGAUGCGCAGCACCUUUCGGAAGAUCCUUUGUUUUGCCUGCUAUAGAAUGCCAAAGUACUCACCUGCUUCUACCAAGUCCAGCACCACAGAGCAUAGGAUAUUGCCUCAGAACGGGCAUCCAAUGAUGGACUCCACUCUCUAACUCCGCAGGUCCAGGCCUCCUCUAGACUGGUCAUCAGAAGCCAUUCUUGAUGAUCUGUUGGUUUCAAGCUACAUACAGUGGGCUAUAAGUGGCUGCAGCCUUGACUGGGAAUAUUGUUGCAACUGGUGGUGUGCACCCAUAUUUGUAAGGGAUAACUAUUGUACCUGUGGAUUUGGUCAGUGACUGAAAGCAGCAGCCUUCAUCUGUAGCACCAUGUUGUAACACUGUGCAGCCUCCCAACUGAGGCCUUUGUACUGGAACUGACUAUAUAUCACUGUUUUUCUGGGAUACAGUGACUCUUCACAAGCUACACAGCUAAGGAAUGAACAUACCUGCUCUAUGUUACAACUUGAGAGGCACCUUAAACACUCUGAUGUGUGCUAAGAACCAGUUCAAAAUUGGUUUGCACCGCAGGUUCUUAAAGGCAUGUCUUUUUCGUCUUCCCCCCCCCCCCCCCCCCCAUGGGCUGGUACACCAGCAUGGUUUUUUCUUCUCUCGGCCCACAGAUGGUCACUUAGACAAAUUCCUUUUGCCUUGUUCUUAAAAGACACAUAUUGGACAAACCUUUGAAAUAUGGUGGAACAAAAACAUUGGGGUACAUGUAUCACCCCCAUUCUUGUGGAUUGCUGUUUUUAAUGCAUGUGUUGAUUUAGUUGGAGGAGUGGCAUCAUCUGCCAAACAAAAAUAAUGCAUCUAAAUAUUUCUGUUCAGGGUGAAAAAUGGUCAUCCUAGCCCUUUUCAGUAUUAUUGCCUAAUUUGGCAGAGCCAUUUUAGGGCUAAGAUACCAAAUCCACAUUCCGUCAUCUGCAUUCACUCCCUGAGAAUCUGUUACAACCUGAGUUGGGCUCUCUGCUUAAAUUGUAUCACCCCCUGUAGGUUUAGGUCAAGGAGAUUGCAGUUUAAGAUUCCAGAUUGGUAGUUAAACUCACACCAUGACAGAUACUGGUUUCAGUCAAUUGUCCAUACUGGUUGGACACCACAGACACCUCAGGAGACAAAGACAAGAAUUAAACACAUAAAGAAAGAGUAGCUACCCCCACCCCCCAGGCCUGAUUUUGUUUGGUGCUCAAUAGUGAAAAUAUAGUUUAAUCCAACACCAUUCAAGGUUUACCUUUCUAGGUGUUUUCUUCCAUCCAAGCUCCCAGCUCCUUUACUGUAAAAAAUUAUUUUACCCUUAUAUUCUUGAAGGAGAAGCACAGUGCCCAUGUAGAUCAGGGUUGAGGGAUAUAUGGCUCUCUGGAUGUUACUAGGUUAAAAUUGCAUCAUCCCUCAGCAUAAACUGGAACUAAGGGAAUUAUAGAUCAGCAUUAAGCUACAGUGCAAAAUGCCUGGCGAGCCAUACAUUCUCCAUCCCUAAAGUAGAUAAAUGAUUCUAUUGCACAGCAUCAUUUGCACAAUUCUCUUGUUUUUCAAGGAUUACGCUAAGGUGGCAUGUUGCUUGGGAAUCUCCUGGUUAUGUAGGAGUGUAUUGCACAUUUGAAUGGCGGGUGGAAGAAUACAGCAGCUGAACCUUCUGAAUAUGCAGGGAGAUGCUGUGUCAAAGAUGGUUCCGUUGUAUGACUUUUCUUCCUAAUGCAUGCUGUUCAGAGAUUGACAAACCUAGUAAAGACCUGAUCUUCUAAAUCAAAAAUAAAUCUGCAGGGAUCUUGACCAAAAUGAAUUGGGAAGAACCUGUGCUUUACUGCAGGGGCCUAAAAUUCAUGGUAUUGAACAAAAAUGCCUGGCCUGUGACUCUCAGGAUGUUGUUGGACUGUAAGUCAUGCUGUGCCUCACCACUGGUUAUUCCACCAGCAUUGACUGGAGUACUAGUGCAUCAACAGCUGGAGGAACAGCCUUUGCUCACUCCGAUCUAGAAGCUCCCUCUCACUUACCAAGCAUUUGCUCUGCAAACAUUUCCAUUGUGUAAAGUACAAAGGAUGCAAUCAUGUUUCAGUA